AUGGAGCAGCGUGGAGUGGCCAUGGCCACAGGGCCGGCAGUGCUGGCCAUGGCCUUCCUGUGCGCCGCAGCCUCCGCCUCCGACACCUGUCCAGAGGUGAAGCUGGUGGGUCUGGAGGGCUCCGACAAGCUCUCCAUCCUCCGAGGCUGCCCGGGGCUGCCCGGACCCGCGGGGCCCAAGGGAGAGGCAGGCAUCAGUGAACAGAAGGGAGAACGAGGUUCUACCGGAGACCCUGGGAAGGCAGGGCCGGCCGGGCCCAAAG